AUGUCGACUCGCUCUAUCCCACCAUGGAUACCGCCUCCGCCUUCCAAGGUCACUGACUUUGAUUGGGCACCCCUCGAAACACUUGAUCUCUCCUUGAUCACAGGCGAGAAUAUGGACCAGGUACCUGUCUCCGUCGUAGAACAGGUCGGCACAGCCUUCUCUUCCACCGGCUUUAUGUAUGCCAUCAACCAUGGAUUGACCUACGACCAAGUCCUGCGGCAAUUUUCCAUCGCGCAGUAUGGCUUUGAUCACAUUACUGACGAUGAAAAAGACCGCUGCGUAGCCGAUAUGCGAGAAGCUGGAAGCUUUGUUGGGUACAAGCCUAUGGGACAUUGGCAUAUUGAUGGCGUCAAAGAUCGAAUCGAGCAGCUCAACUUUGGAUCUCAGCACUUUACUGAGGGGCAGCAUGCAAGGUACCCAUCACAGGUUCAGCCGUUUCUCGAAGAAAUUCAUGCUUUUUCUCGUUUCAAUCAUGACGUGAUUUUGCGUAAAGUGCUUGCUGUCCUCUCCCUCGUCCUCAAGUUGCCUGUACACACCCUGUGGGAUUUGUCGAAGGAUCAUGAGACCAAAGGCUUGGACCUGCUUCGGUUCGCUCUGUACCGACCGCCACCUCCUGAAGACGAUGAGGCACUAGGCGGUGUUCGGCUUCAGGGUCACACCGACUUUAACAGUGUCUCGAUCCUCUGGUCGCAGCCUAUCACUUCGCUCGAGGUGCUGAUGCCUGACAAUGUAUGGCGAAAGGUACGUCACCGCCCUAAUGCCGUCGUUUUGAACCUCGGCGAUGCCAUGCAUUUCAUCUCAGGUGGGCUCCUAAAGCAGACUAUACACAGGGUCGUGGGGCCUCCCGAAGAUCAACAAGCGCUGCAACGACUAGGCGUGUUUUAUUUCGCCCUCUUCAAUGAGGACGUGCCUCUGGAGCCUCUGCUUCAGUCUGAAGUUGUGAAGAAAGCCUACCACGGACGUGACUUCUGGGCCGAACGACGUGCACAAGGGCUCCCUGCCGUGACAGCUGGCGAAUGGGAGCGUUUGCGGGUGCGUGCAUAUGGCCAAGGCGGACAGAAGAAGGGAUCGGACGGGCAUGAUCAUGAACGUAUUGCUGGCGUAGAUGUCAAGCUCUACAAUUCUAUCCCUUCCACGCAGGCUACAUCGCACGAAAGUCGGCCCGCCACGCACAAUGUACGUGCCUCUUCGCCUAUCCGUGCUAGGCAUAAACACCUCACUGAGACUCCACGCCGGGUCAUGUCGCCCCUGCGAGCCUAA